AGGAAGUAAAAUGCAAUUGGCUGGUCGGCGGCAGCUUUCCAUUUUGGCUCCACAUGGUUGGAAAAGUUUGUAGCAGAGAGACUUCACUCUGAUAAAGAUUCAUUGUCAACACUGUAGCAACAUGGAGGUACCAGGUUGCAGCAUUGUCUUCAGAGACUUGUUACUGUGGCAACCAGCUCCACGGUUUGGUGGUCAGUGAGUGUUUCAACACAUCAUCCAAUGAAGGGACAAAAGAUGUGAAAAGUGGCCGUGAAAGACAAAGUGCCUUGUACCUGCUGCCUAUAGGAAAGAAACAGGAAGGAACUGUGGCUCUCUACACAACUCAAGGACCUUUUCUGCACAACUUCAGUGUGUCUGCAUCUCCUCAGAGGGUUCAGGCUGGAGAGAGUUUUGUCGUGGAAGUUUCUGGAAACCUGGCCAGACACCCCAGUCAACCCACAGGGAUUCUGGGACUUGGAGGACUGGAUCUUUUUUCUGUCACUGUGGAGUUUCUGUGGUCCCCUAAAGGUCAAAGUUCAGACCAUGUCAGUGUGUUGGAGGACGGUUCUUUUACUGCGUCUUCAGAUUGGAUUUUUAACAAUCCAGGCAAAUAUGAGAUCCACGUCCACGUCUCCAACCCCCUUUCCACACUCUCCUCCUCCCUCCACUUGUCCGUCUCUCAGUCCUCUCCAUUCAGCUUAAUGAUGUUUUUGCUUCACGGCCCCCCGGGUGUCCCCUCCUGCAUCCCCUCAGACUCUAAAAGUGGGAUUAUGAAGGCAGCAUAUCAGGGAAACACUGACACACUGCAGGCAAAUGUGAAGGAAGGUCUGGCUACAGAGUUCUGCAGGUGCUUUACUCACAAGGAAAAACAGGAAAAUGAGGAGAGUGAAGAGACAGUUUUUCUUUGCAAAUCAGACUGUCUGAACAGCUCUGUGGACUGGACUUUUGAAACAGACGGAGUUUACACAGUGUCAGUGAACGCCUCCAGUAUCUACAGAUUGAUGCAGGAGACAAUAGAUGCUGUGCUUGCAUGUCUUGUCGUCUCUGACCUUAGAGAACCUGGGAAUCAGCUGACUGUUUCUAAGGAUGUGGAGCUGCUCAACACCGUGAAACACCGGCUGAUCCUCAACCUCACAAAGGACGACCGCAAUUAUGAGAAUUAUAGAAACCUCAGCAGCAAAGAAAAGGACUGUAACCAUGGCAACAUCACAUAUGACUCUAAUAUCAGUCAGCAUCUCAUCUGUUGCCAUGUUAACACCCUCCACCUUCUCCACACCUCCGAUCUCUCCAGCUGCCAUCUGCACCUCCAUCUUCACAUCCUAGUUCAAGAUCCAGUUGGAAAGUUGGCGUUAAAUAUUCCCAGUGAGGCCACAAGAAAUCUAAAUCCCUUGGUUUUAUUCAGCAUCACGGCGGCAUCAAACGUGACUGUCUGUCUGCUGGCGAAUGCAAGGUCACUGUACAGAAACUGCAGCUACGCUACAGGAGCAGAGACGGAGGUGGUUUUGCUUUUUAACCACACUGGGACAGUUGUGAUUGAGUUUCAAACCGAGAAUCGAGUGUUUUCUCAGAACAGAAGUGCGAGAGCGUGCGUUCAGGGGAACAGGAAAGCGUCGCCGCAAGACAGAAUCAACCCAACGUGCCAACCAACCCCUAGUCCAAGUCCUGUUCACAGCAUAGAUGGCAAAGCUGUGAGAAUUUUAGCAGCAAAGCAGGCGUAUCCCACAAACACAGAUAUAACCUUCCUGGCUGUGGCUGAUGUACCUGAUCCUGUGGAGUUCCUCUGGCGCUUUGGAGACUCCAGAUCAGCCAGAACCACCUCAAGGACCAUCACUAAAAGAUAUCAACAACCUGGCAGUUAUGAUGUAGUUGUCGUUGCAUCUCAUGGUCAGACGUCCGUCACGUCCGAUGCUUUCCCGCUGGUCGUCCAGAGAGCAGUGAAGCUCAACAGGCUGGUCCACCAGGCCUCGGUCCUGCAGAACCAGACGGUGUCGGUGAGCUGCCGAGUGAAUGUGGGGACAGACCUUACCUUCCUGUGGAGCUUCGGAGACGGAACGACCAGACCUGGACAGAGCACAGAGGAGCACGUCUUCCACAGGUUAGGAGAGUUCAGACUGGAAGUAACUGUGUCUAACAUGGUCAGUUCUGCCUCUCUGAGCAGCUGCAUCUUUGUCGUGGGUCGGCCUUGUUGGCCUCCACCGGUCAAAAACAUGGGGCCCCUGAAACUACAGGUGCGAAGAUACCAAGUCAUCCGUCUGGGUGUGACGUAUGAGACGGAGGUUGACUGUGACGUAUCAGAAGGUCUUAACUACACCUGGACUUUAUUUGACUCUACAGGACGAACCUUCCCUUUACCUCUAAUAGACACACACAGACAGAGUCUCACACUACAGAGCCACCUCCUGCCAUAUGACACUUAUACUGCUAUAUCCAGGGUUCAGGUCAUCGGCAGUGUGGUGUACAGUAACUACAGUGUGAGAGUUCAGGUGAUACCGAGUCCUCCUGUGGUUUUCAUCCAGGGCGGCACCAACAUCUUCAUGAACAGGAGCUCCGGCACAGUGACCCUGGAUGGACAGGCAUCUUAUGACCCUGACUUCCCCAUGAACCCACUCAGCUACAGUUGGACAUGUAAGCCAGUCAGCUCCAUCGCCAGCUCCUGUUUUAACCAACACGUUCACACUUCAUCCCCGGUGCUCAAAUUCCACGUCGGUUUCUUGAAGCACAACUUUGACCAAUUCCAGUUUACGCUCACCAUCCACAGCGGAGAGCGUUCAGCUUCAUCAGAGACCUUCAUCACCAUAACACCAAACCUGAUCAGGAGGAUGUCUGUGUCCUGCCCUGAGUGUCACGGAGACCAUGUGAGCUGGGAUCAGACUUUUUCUGUUACUGCCAUGUGUGAAGACUGUAACAUCCCUGCUGAACACAUCCAGUACAGCUGGAGUGUGUAUGUAGUCAAUGCUUCAUCUAAGCCUGUCACUGAGGUCCCGUUUUGUUCUACGGUAGAUCUCAGUGCUUUCUCUUCCAUCGUGGAGAAUCCUGCCACAUCUGCUCAAACACCUGAGAUCUCUACCCUACAUCCAUCUGUAGCAAGUUCACACUCUAGUUUGUCAGAGUCGGAGCCCUCCAAUAGUCCACCUGUCCUCAGCAUCGCAAGUUCAGAUCACACUGACCAGGAGGACAUUACCAGCGAACCUCCAGCUGACCCUGGCUCCUCGACUUACUGGGAUUUUUCUUUUCCCGUACUGGAAAGUGUAGGUGAGGGCGAUCGACAAGGUGAGAAAAGUUCAACUGAAAUUUUUGCUGUUACAUUUUUGGGUUUGUACUGUCAAAAUCAAACAGUCAGGAUUAAAAAAUGAAAGCAAGAAAAUUAUUUUACUGGAAAUUCAAAAUGACUUGUUUCUGUUUUUUUUUUUUUUAAAUACAUGGAAAUUAAAAUCAAACUGAAUAGGAAUCAAUAAAAUUACAAAAUAGACUAAGUUUACAUGUCUAAUGAGA